CAUGCGUAUAUUAUUUUCAUCUUUCAAAGUUCGAAGCAAAACAACGACACUAAACAAAAACAAACAAAGAAUUCCUAAUUUUUUUUUCAAAAUCAUUUUGAUUUUGCUAAAAAUAUAAUAAAAACACUAACUCAAAUCUAAGUAAUUGAUUUAAAAUCAAAAUAACAUUCUGUAAUUUAUUAACCCGCCAGCAUCACCAUCAACUUCCACAUACACAAAAUGGCUUCAAACGAUUCGGGAGUGGACACCAGUAAUGACAGCAACGAUGGUAACAACUUUAUCCUACCGAUCCCCUUGGUGAUUCCAAACCUACACGACCUCAAUUUGCUGGGCGAUGCCGGUAUCGAAGAUGAUCAUCCGGCUCAGCCAUUUGCCCAGCCACAACCCAAACCUUCAGACAUGGGCGCUCUGAUGCGUCCAUCUAGUCUUCCUUCAGGCAGUCAUUCGCUGAAGAUGCGGUGUCGCAUGAAACUAAGAAGUCGCCUGUGCAGCUAUGCCAACAUCCAAACAGAAUCAAACGGUCGCCGUUUACGCCUCGCCGCGUCCACCUGUAACGUCGAGCUACUCACUCGAAUGCUUGAAAAGGGAACCGACCCCAACUCCUCCGACGAACACAAACGCAGUCCCCUCCAUUUGGCUGCCUGUCGCGGCUACGAUGAGAUCGUGUCACUGCUUUUGCGAUUCGGUGCCAAUCCUAACAUAGUCGAUUCCCUGGGCAACACACCCCUCCAUCUGGCCGUGAUCUCAGCCUCAUCGAACAACUUUAAUCUAGUAGUUAGAAUACUGCUUCAAGGUGGGGCCAGUCUACAUGUAUUCGACCGCAGUGGCAAAACUCCUUUCGAGUUGGCCGAAAGCAAAUGGCGGCUACUCAAGCUCCGCUAUCAAAAUCCAACACCAGAAAAAGAGAAAAUUCUCGAGGAUAUGUGUCUUCUGAUAAGCCUAAUGUUGCGCUACCUGUACAGACAAAAACAAGAUAUUGACGAUUUGGAUGCGCUCGAGAAUCGCCUGAAAAACCUUAGCACCGAGGAUCAAGUGGCCGAGGCCGAUGCGUUGCUCGCCAGCGUCGAGAAGAUGUCACUCAAGUAGCAAUUGUUGCUGUAGUAGAUUAGAUUUUAGUUUAUAGUUUGCGUUAGCUCGAAACAUACAUAAAUCCGCGAUAGAAGACGAAUAAAAAAAUAUGUAUUUAUGAUUUAAACAUGUAAUUGACAAAACAAACAGAAACAAAAUAUGACGAAGAUGAGGCACGUGACAGGAUAGAGGACGAGAGAAAUCGCCGCCGCACUUUGAAUAAAAUUUGAAUCUUUAUUAAAAAAUCGCAA